UGGAAGAGAGUGGUGGGACUAUGGAAGUGACUUGUAUUUGACUCCCAAAGUAGUUGUGUCUAAAACAGCAACAAUAAAGACAGAAAAUUAUCAACACUACUAUACUCUCCCAACCAUAUCACUAUUCAAUUCGAAUGCUUUAUUUUAUUAUCCCAUUCUUCCCUCGCUCUUAAACCUACAGGGAUAUAUUUGGAAUUUCCAUGGAUCCAGCGCCAAUAAUCAACGCUGCUCCCAACACGCUGUCGUUUCACCCACCGGAGAUCUGGCAGUUCCCACCCUCCACAACACCGCACUUCGACCAUGCUUUCGCAGCGGAAGUUCCCGCUAGACAAUUCCUAGGUCCUGACCUGACACUUCUGAACCAUGGCCGGAAAAGGCGCCACACGGAGGAGGAUUCUGUUAAAGGCGUUUCCACCAGCAACGACGUGAAUGGUGAUGAUGGAAAAAGGAUUAAGACAUCGGGUGACAGUAAAGAUGAGGAAGUAGUAGGAGAAGACAUCAGUUCAGGAAAGCAUGCGGAAAAAACUACGGAUGAGCCACAUCCUAAGCAAGAUUAUAUUCAUGUUCGAGCUAGAAGAGGUCAAGCUACUGAUAGCCACAGCCUUGCUGAAAGAGCUAGAAGAGAAAAGAUUAGUGAAAGGAUGAAAACUCUUCAGGAUUUAGUCCCUGGUUGCAACAAGGUUAUUGGGAAAGCAUUGGUCCUUGAUGAGAUAAUAAAUUAUAUCCAAUCGCUUCAUCACCAAGUAGAGUUUUUGUCGAUGAAGCUGGAAGCAGUAAAUUCAAGAUUGACACCUGAAAUGUUUCCUCCUAAAGCUUUUGAUCAGCAAACAUAUGACGCAACCCCCAUACCAUUUGCUUCACAAGCUACAAGAGAGUACAGCCGGGGUUCAUCACCAGAGUGGUUACAUAUGCAGGUGGGAGGUGGUUUUGAAAGAUCGACGUAAUCUUAAAAUUUCAUCAGUUGGUAUGCAAAUAGCAAUUUUAUUCUCUACUUCAGAGCUCCCAUAGAUCAUAUACUCAAGGUAUAAAAGUCGAGAUGAACACUUGAUUCCGUUUUCUAAACCACACUGUCGCAUCUGUUAGUAUUUAUGUAAGCAACACCAUUUGUAAGUGUGUUGGAUAUGAAUUCAUUUACAAAAGACGUAGCUCAGUGGACUAUAGGCUUUAUAUGCUGGCAUUCUUCAUAACUUUUAAAAUUAUCAUUUUUGUUGUAAGAGAAUGAUGCUUGUUCUUAAUACAUAUUGGUUAUAUAUUGUA